AGGGCGGAGUUAAACGGGGUUUUUCUCGCUGGUUGGCAUUUCGAGUAGGACCGAUAUGUGUUCAGCUGGACAGUUUGACCCUUUGUGAGGGUUAAAGUGCAUGUUUUCUAUUUUUUUGGUAGUGUUUGUAACUCUUCGCCCGCGUCAAAAUGAUGCGCUUCCUGUUGCUCUUCAGUCGCCAGGGGCGUCUGCGUCUGCAGAAGUGGUUCACAGCUAUGUCAGAACGUGAGAAGAAGAAGAUUAUAAGGGAGAUGACAACCAUGGUCCUGGCAAGGCCACCGCGCACCUGCAACUUCCUUCAGUGGAAAGACCUGAAGAUUGUUUACAAGAGGUAUGCAAGCUUAUAUUUCUGUUUGGGCGUGGAGGACGAAGAUAAUGAGCUGUUGGCCCUGGAGAUUAUUCACCGCUAUGUUGAGCUGCUGGACAAAUACUUUGGCAAUGUGUGUGAGCUGGACAUAAUCUUUAACUUUGAGAAGGCCUAUUUUAUCCUGGAUGAGUUUUUAAUGGGAGGAGAGAUACAGGAAACCUCUAAACAGAUUGUGAACCGCGCCAUUGAAUCCUCAGACAUGUUACAAGAGGAUGACCACAGUGAGUGGUAUGAGGUGGAGCUGUUUGGAUGACCUUGAAUAUGGACAGACAGACCAUGGAGGAAUAUAUGAGCAAACCUGCGUUUUAACUCAUGGAAAAGGAGGACAUUGACAUCGUGGAGGACUCCACAGGCUGGAUGUAAACGGGUCAUGAAGUUUCUAAAAAUGACUUUGCUUUCAUUGUUUUGUUUUUUUUUUUUACUUUGGAAUGGGCAGGAUUACUUUUGUUACUUGUUUAUACUGAAUUUAAAUUACAUCGAAUUAGAGGAUGAUAGAGGAUGGUUUUGGUCGCUUGUUUUUCUUUUUGAAAAUUAUAAUUGUGUUUCACUAAUAUUAAAAUCAUGUGUUUAAUAUUUUCAAAGAUAUUUUCACUAUAAAAAAAACUUUUGUUUAAAGUGUGCUACUCAGAUGUUUCACUCAAAAUUACACAAUAUUGUUUUUCUCACCAGCAAAAUGUCUAAUUAUAAAGUAUUUCUUAAUAUUUUUAAUCUAUAAAUCCUAAUGAUGCUUAAGGUUAUUGGCUGGUAUAUUGAGCAGCUGUUCGUGUGAGUUUUUACAGUGUGCAUUUUAUGAUUAAAAUGUAUAUUUUGAUACAAAAA